AUAUAUUGUUCAGUAACCGCGUGAUCGUCAGAGUGUACACACGUAUUGUAAUUAAACAUGUUACCCGCGACAUUGCAGACCUCUUAGGAAUAUUUCGUGUUUAUAGAGUUUGUAUAUCAAACGUGACAGUUUUGUUUAUUAUUUGUGGAGUAGCUAUUUGGAGAAAGGUUUUGGUCAAAUUGGCGGCAAUUGAGGACAACAAGAUAAAAAACCGCAACGCGUGUGUAUCGUAGUGAAAUAUUGUGCAGUGCAGUGUCCCUCGUUCCUACUAUGAGAAGACGCUCGCGCAGCUAGACGCUCCCACGGUUACAUUAUUAUGCAAGUGCGGCCGUGCCUUAUAUUGACUUAGUGAGUUGACAUUUCGCACCAAUGCCGACUGAAUAAGCGAUGGCUUUAGCUAAUUUCACGCUAGCGGCAGCUUCCGCGGCAACACCGGCACUAGUACCUACUUCCGCGACACCAGUGCGUGUUGAUCUUGACGACUUGCUCUAUUCUCCAGAGGGACAACAAGCGGACUACCCACAAUCUUCGAAUGAACCUUUCGCACCGCCAGCUAAUCAGCAAAGGAGGUCGAAGCUCCGAAAACGAGCCGGUUCCGCCUACCUUCCUCCCCCGAACCAGUUUACACAUUACCCACACAAUGACGUCCCACAUAAUCCAUACAAUGGUCAGUUGCACUCACAGGUAUACCAACAGAAUACAAGACUUGACGUACCGAUAGAAAAUCAACGAUUGCAAGAUAUGAAUCGGUACGAUAACACGGGACAGUACAUUCAUGACCCCAGCGGGGACUACGAUUAUGAACAGAGGAGAAGUAAUCAAAACGGACAAUACCCAUCUUACAAUCCGGGUUACGCGGACUCGCCGUAUACGACUGCGACAACCCCAUCCCCUUCUAGUCGGAGAUUCGGUGUUAAUUCGAACCAAAAUGUUAAUAACUUCAAUUAUAGACCAGCCACUACGGCAGCGCCUUUGCCACAGAGGCCAAACAAUGAGGCUAAAACAAAAACGGGAAGUAGUAUUAGUGGUAGCAUUGGACAAAACCCACCAGAGCGACCUCGAGGGUUUACGAAAGUAGAAACUGGCAGUCCUGGCGGAAAGACGCAGCUCCAUGCUGUUCUCGAUUAUGACGAUGACUAUUACGAUGACGUUCCUGGACCUGUUUCAGAUUCAGAGCAACCAGCUAUAACACCUCUCCAAGGGCCCAUUCUCGUCAGGAAUGGGACAGUACCAGUGGUGCCACUCACGUCGUACCCAACGGUCGCCAAUGGGACUUUCUACCAAAUACCGAUCUUGUGGACGGCGCUCUCCCUGGCACUGGGUUACGAGUUGCAAGGCCAAAUCGUCAGAGGCAUACCAUGUGUCAAACGCAACUACCAACUUUACUGCCCGACUGCUGGUAGUGCGUAUCCUUUAGACAAAAUCGAGAACUUCAUAGACGAGAACAAAGCGCUAAUAAAGCGAAUGUACGGUACGUUCACGACACCUGGCGGUAGUAGGGUGCGACGAGCACCGGGCGUGCCCGACGUACAUUCAGGGGACUCAUUCUUCCGCCAUGUACGGCAGACUAAUACACCACUACCACCGGAUGCACAGAAUGUUAAUGCUACAGACAGAGUAGACGCAUGUGAAAGCAAGACGACUAUCACUACUCCAUACUGGGCUAUGAAUUCAGCUAGCAAGUUACGGGCAAUUGUCAACACUAUGCAUUUUGAACAAGCCAUUCAUCAAGAAGUAUGCAGUAAAACAACAACAUCUCGUUGUUCAGGCGAUUGUGGAUGCGAACAGAAGUACAAGUGGCAUCGCCUCCUAGCUUACGACCCGAAUAAUGACUGUAUGGGUAUAUUUAUGGACUGGUUUUUGUUUCCAUCGUGUUGUGUAUGCAGAUGCAAUCCUUGAUGCGUUUAAAUUACGCACACAUUGAAACACAUUUUGUUCUCAAAUCAAGCAUUUCCUUAUGGCCGUUUUCAUUUAGUAGUUAGUAAGACGACAAGGUUUUACUUAAUCAUAACACAUUUUAAUCAAAUAGACAGAAUAUUUUUAACAGUGCAUAUAUUAGAAAAUAAAAGAAAAAAAAUUUAAUAUGCUCCUAAUUAUGCACAAUACAAUUAUAAAUAUUAUACAUUUGCAAUAGUAACAUUGUAUAAACGAUUUUUCUGUCUUUUUCCUUCAAUUUAUCAAAAAAGAUGUCUUAUGGCAACUAUGGAAUGGCAACAUUGUUUCAAUUCCUACGUAAGUACGUACUACAUUUAUUUAUGUGUAUUUUAAUUUUGGAAUAUUUAAAUGCGCCUAUUUUAUUGCGAUAUAAAAUAUAUAUUACUAGUGAUGCUAAAAUUCCUGUUUAUUAAAUAUUAUGACGCUAAAUAUGAAUUUUUUACAAGAGUGACAUUUGUAGACAUGUGAUUUCACAUUUUGAAGAACACAAUUUACAUGAUAUAAUGUAAUAUAACGAUAUGUGACGAUUAUAAUAAUUAUAUGAAAAUUGUGGACUCAAUGAUGAAAUAAUGAAGAGUCAUUUAUUAUUUCACCAACGUCGAGAUUGAUAUAAAACAAUGGACCAAUCAGGGAGCAUAGAGAACUAGCAAACGAUUCGUAAGAACGAAACAGUAGACAUCCGCGACUCAUUCUCUAUAAAACAUAGUCUGAAAUCUCGCAUAGAACAUUUUUACUUUACUCAAUAGCAAAAAUAUUAUAAAUAGUUCUAUAUGCCUACAGUAUAUAUCUUACUUAUGAAUAAAAGAGACGUAUUAAGAGAGUCAACGUGUGCUGUCAAUAUCCAAAUAAAAUUAAAUCAAUAUAUUAAAAUGAUUGUUUAAGUUACCACAGUGCACUAUCGUCUAGUUUCUGAAGAAGCCAACAUUUGUGCGGUGGUUUUUUAUAAUGCAAACGUGCGCAUUUUGUUGUAGAUUUAUUCCCAUCUUAUUCUAUAAUGAAUAAUUUAGUGCAUUACUUUAAAAAGAAAAAUAAUUGUAAAUAUAUAAAAUCGUUUAAGUUGAAUAACAAUUUGACAGAAUUUAUCGAAGAUAUUGCCAGUCGAUAUGUCCCUCAAGGGCUAGAGUGGAUACCACCUAAUUCAAUUUUUACAAGUACCGAGGCUUAAAAUCGUAAGUAUUAAAUAGAAAAUUAUACUCCUACGGAAGAUUUAAGUUUUAUAUGAUCUUAGAUUUAUUGCCUUAAGGAUCAUCGUUCAUUUCACAUCUCAGCACUAGACCGGCGCCCAAGCUGAACAAAGAUUAGUUUUAAGGUGGACUUAAAUAAAGCGAGCGAUUGCAUCUUCUCUUACUUCUAUAAUAUUUGUUAGGGACGUGUUAAUAUUCCUUCCUUGCUCCGAAUGCAAUCGUAAACAAUUCAUAACAAUUUUAUACUUUAUCCUACCUAGUUAGGUUCUAGUUUUCGCUCGAAUCUACCAUCAAAGGCAAAAAGGACACCUAGCGACAGACGUAAUAUUCCUGGCAUUUGGCCACUAUUUAUUUUAAUUUACUAAUAAGAUACUGGAUGUUAUAACAUACAGUAUCUUCGUUUUUAAGAAUAUUUUCGUUCUUGUUUUUUUUUCUUUAAUUUAAUUACGAGACAUGACGAAGUUGGGCACUAAGUAUAUGUCAAAAGAACGAUGACUCUAAAACCAAUUUUGUUAAGGUUCCAAUGAACGUAGAUACUACUAUUAUAAGUAUUAUAUUAAGUGAUUUAUUUAAUAUCACAAUAACUAAUUGUCGCAGUAAUUAUAAGUAAUCUGCAUUCACUUAUUUUAUACGUUAACCGUAAGUUUAAAACACUGCCAUUGUACAGUUUGAAUAUUUAAAAUUUUGUAUGAUACAUGUAAUGCUAAUUUGAAUAUAUGCCUUGCUUACAAUAUUUGAGUACAUAAUAUUCAUAUUUUAAACAAUAUAGAUGCUUUGUGAUAAUCGUAUUAGCCUAAAAUACAUCAAAAUAGUUCAUAUCAGAGAUAUACAUAUAGAGGAAUUGUUGUGUGACAAAUAGCAUAAGUACAUUAUAAACAUGCUUUAUUACAAUUUCUUCAUUCUUUUUACAGUAACUUUUUUCCGACAUUUUUCUCUUACUAUAGUAAUUAUUACGCAACGGUAAGACUGCCCCGCCCCUCUGUUUAUCACCAUGUACUUGUCACACACAGCCGAGUUAUGUGUUUUGGUCAUGUUCGCUUUUCUAUUAUAAUUAUUGUUGACCUAUUUCACGGUUGCUGAUAAACUCUAUAAUAACACAAGUUUGUGGUUUAUUUGAAGAUAAAUAAUCACAGCUCUUCACAUACACAAACAACAUCAGAAUAAAUAUAGCCUUACAAGAUGCAUUAUAGAAAUUAUUCAACCACAGAACAUAUAUGGAAUUACGCAAAGUAUAUAUAUUUUUUUUUCGUUUUCAAAUACUACCUAACAAUAACAAAAAAAUAAUUUACCUAUAUCUAUAUAAACAGAUGAAAUAACCAUUCAACUGUUAAAAUAUUUAAACUGCGGUUAAACAACGUAGUAAAUGAGCAUUACUCGUUAAUUAACUAUUAGUUGCCUUAUUUUUUUACUCAUAUGUAAAAAAAAAAUAAGGCAACGCGCACGUGAUACCCUAGUGUUGCAGGUGUUAAUAGGCUUAGUCAUCGGAUGGGCUUUUUUUUUAAUGGGUGAUAAUGGAAUAGUAACCCCAUCCGCGCUAUUGGUAUACACCGGCGGGACACCAGCGAAGAAUAAUAGCUGAGGAUGAAGUAGGUUAGUUAGCCCGUCGUGACGAAUUUAAAAGAGAUCGACCUGAUAGGGCUAGCAAUAAUACUAUUAUUGCUAGCAAAUUCGAAGUCCAUUGCUAACAAUCCCCCCCCCCCCCCCAUAGGAUGGGCUAUAUACUAGAAUGAGAUUAUUUAUCAGCAACAUGUGAAACAACCCUAUAUAAUCUAUUGAAAUAAAUCAGAGAUGUUUUUUUUGCGUUAAUCAAAAAUAAAUAUUAGUCAUUUAGAUGUCCAGUAAUUAUUUUUUAGACUAUAAGAUCUAUUUUGUAUAAAGUAUUGUAAUAAAUUCUGAUGUAUAAACACAUGCUAAUGGAAUUUAAAAUGUAUAUUAGUUAAUUACCUAUAUCAUAGUUUAUUAUUACUCAACUGUAUUUAUAUUUUGUAAGAAUUAAAUUAAGAAUACAAAAUAUAUUUGUAUU